AUGAUUCAUGCAUCUGAAGAACAUAUUGAAUAAGUAGCAGAUUUAUAAUUGAUCAACAAAAAUAUGUUGUAGGAAACCUUUUUAAAGAAGAUGCGGAAAAGAGAAAAUAUCAAAUAAAAUUACACUGAAAGAAGGAAAAAAAUUAAAUUACAACAACAUUCUAGGCCUAAAUUUGAAGAUUUGAUUUGCCCAAUUUGUCUGGAAAUCUUUCAAAAAGUUACAACUACAUAAUGCGGCCAUGCAUUUUGUGAGAUGUGCAUAUUUGAUAGUCUAAUGAGGAAAGCAGAAUGUCCUGUUUGUCGAGUGAAAAUUAAAACACACUCAUUCUAAUAUUGUGAAAGUUUUGAUAAUAGAAUCGUCGAUCUAGUUAAUUAAUAUGGAGAUAAAGCAUAAAUAGAACAUUUUUAGAAUAGACGAUAGGAGAUGGAAUAAUGGAAUAAAUCUAAAUUAGUAGAUAAUAUGGCAAUCGACUAAAAAGUUGAUAUAAUGGAUUAAUAAUUUAUAUGGUGCGUAGCAACAAUAUAAUAAAUUGGUAAAAAGGAACUAUUCAUUCAUUAUGACGGAUGGGGAAAGGAGUACGACGAGUUCAUUCCAUUGCAAUCAAAUAGAAUUGCUCCUUUGGGACUUUAUACGAGUAGAGAAGAUAUACCAAAAUACUAACCUGAACGAAGGCAAUUUGCAGAAAUCCUUGAAUUUAUUAACCAACAUGGAGAACUCUCAACAUAAAAUAUACUGCCUGAUUGAUUAGAUUAUGUAUGUUUGCUAUUAAUUAAUGGCCUUUCUU